AUGGUAGCAGUCGAGAUGGUGGCGCUUGCUGGCGCUGCUGCUCUCGCCACGCCGGCGCCCCUACUGCUGUCGUCAAUUGCUCCCAGGGAUAGCAGCAUUGGCACCAGCGACUUCGUAUCGGAACUUCCCCAUUGCGCGACGCCCUGUGUCGAGCAGUUCUGCUCACUAUCGAACCAAACAUGCAUCUGUGGCCCAGACAAGAGCGCCGUCGACCACUGUGUCCUCGCCUCGUGCACUAUGCAAGAAGCCAUAUUCACCAGAAAUGCGACCGAGAUAACGUGCGCAGCGCCGGUUCGAGAUCGCCGAAUGAAAUUCAACGUCAUGAUUGUCGCCAUCACUUGCGUUACCCUCCCAAUUGUCACGGCGCGCCUAGUGUACAAGCAAUUCUUCAGCAUCAGCAAGCGUCUGAAUACCGAAGACUGGACCAUAGUUCUCGCCAUCCUUCUGGGCUUACCGAGCGUCGCCCUCACCAUAUUUGGCCUCACGGCCCACGGGCUGGGCACGGAUCUGUGGGGACUGAGCAGCGCAGACCUUGUCGCCUUUGGCCGUUCCUUUUACGCGAUUCAAGUCAUUUACAUUCUGUUAAUGCUGCUCGUGAAGCUGACCUUGACAUUCUUCUAUCUCAACAUCUUUUCCGGCCACAGGGUCCGGAUUCUCUUGUGGGGGACAAUCGCGUUUCACAUCAUGGCGGCAGCAGCGUUUGGGAUUGCACUCAUCUUCCAGUGCCUACCAAUCAGCUAUCAGUGGAACAAGUACAACUACAUCAACGACCCGUCUCUCGAAGGCCAUUGCAUCAAUGUCAACGCGGGAGCCUGGGCAAACAGUGCUGUGAGCGUGGCCUCGGAUAUCUGGCUCCUGGCUAUCCCUCUGAGCCAGCUCUAUAAGUUGCAACUUCACUGGAAGAAAAAGCUGGGCGCUGCCAUCAUGCUAUUUACCGGCGUCAUCGUGACUGUGGUAUCCUUUCUGCGUCUAGCCUCUGUGAAAGACUACGCCACAACAUCGAAUCCAACCUGGGACCAAUGGGAUAUUGUCUGGUGGUCCACCAUUGAGCUUGAAGUUGGCUUCAUUUGCACUUGUCUGCCGACCAUGCGCCUGAUACUCGUCCGAAUGGCGCCAAAAGCGUUUGGUUCUUCUCAGAGUACAAACUCAUCCUACGGCGCGAACAUGCAUCGACUCGAGUCUAACAGCACAAUGCAUACACACCGUGAGGCGUAUGACGACGUGACACUCCACGACGUGCCUCUACCAAAGCGUUCAUCAGCACCAGCUUCCUCAUCCGUUGAAAGGGUUCCGAAAGCAGCAAGCCAAAUAGCAGUAUCUAGCUUGCGGGAGGAGUUGAGCACCACUGGGUCGUCUAUCGGCACCAAGCCUGGUGACGCGUGGCAGACCCAUGCGUCAUCCCUGAUGGCGAAGCAUCCAACCACGUGGAGGGGAAGCGUCUAA